AUGUUGGAGUCGAUUUCAACCCAUUCUACCCGUUUUGAAGCGCUUUUCUCGAGGAAUCUUUCUUUCGUGAUGGUGUUUUUACUUUAUGCUUUCCUAACGUUCACAAUCGUGUCGAGUGCUCCCACUGCUACCGUACCUCUCACUACCACCGUUCCUCACACCACGGCUGCUACAGUUGCUACAGCUGCUACAACCUACCGCAACCGUCACUACCGCCACAACUGUUACAACUGCCCGUCCUACUACUGUAGCUUCACCUCAAGCAGUCGUCGCCACGUCCACUGA